AUGGAUUCUGGCCUGAAAUCUACCUGUUUAGAUGAAUCUCAUUUAGAUAAUUCACAACCUAAUUCAUAUAUGUCUUCAAUUAAAGUUCCGUCAAUAGAAUUGCCUGACGAUUUAUUUGAACAGGCUCUAAAGCCAUGGAGAUUUUCACUUAUCGGAAGAUUAAACUUACAACAUAUCAAAUUUGUAGAUGUUGUUGUUAUUUUACGACAACAAUGGAAGUUAACUGGUGAAUGUAAACUCAUUUCAUUGGGGAUAGGAUUCUUUACGAUUAAGUUGGAUAAUGAACUUGAUCGUAGAACUAUCAAAGCUGGUCAAUGGGAAGUACUAAAUCAGGUUCUACAAGUAAGGAAUUGGAUUUCAAAUUUCAGACCAUCUAAUCAACGUACUUCCAAAAUUCAAGUUUGGUUUCGUUUUCCUGGAUUGGGUUUAGAGUUCUGGAAGGAAUCUAUAUUAUUUAAGAUAUGUAAAGAAAUUGGAACACCUAUCAAAAUUGAUGAUGCUACUGCAAAUUAUGAAUCAGGUUAUUAUGCAAAUGUUUGGUUGAGAUGGAUUUCUCUCAACCAAUUCCUAACAAAAUAUGGGGGUUUCUUUCAAAAUAUCUCAAUUCCAAUCAUUCCAAAGUACUGUCAUCAUUGCAAGAUUAUUGGCCAUUCAACUACAGAUUGUCGAAUUGGGCAACCCAAAAUUAAUACUGAAGGUAGUGCUCCACAGAAAACUAAAUCAAGUGUAGGAUCUCCUCACACACCUUUUGAUAUAUGUGAUAGAUCAGAAAUUGAAAAUUCCCCAUCUAAGGUACAGGCUAGUACUUCAUUUUCAAAUCACAAUUUACAGUUAACAGAAGACUCACUAGUCACUAAUAUUACAACUCCAGCAACACAACAAAACUCCAGUGCUAUUAAUCCUAACCUAGUAGGAGGAAGAUUUAGUGUGUUGAAUUCUGAUGAUGACAAAGAAGAGAAGGAUAUGAGUAAAGAAGAUUUUACUGCAGAGAUAGCUCCACCACAAUUAAUGCAAAUUGUUGAGGUUACAAAACUUGAAAACAAUGUUGUCAAGUUUAUUGAUGCUGGCACAGGAAAGAUAACUUCACAACUUGUUCUUUUUACUACUUGGUCCUCAGUAGUUAAAACUUCUGCAGAAAAAAAGACUUCAAGUUCAUCUACUAUGAGUAAUAAUUCAAAUACACAAGCUAGUCAUAUUUCAAAGAAUGCAAGUGAAGUUGUUAAGAAUGUCAUUCCAGGUAACAACUCUGGUAGAAAAUUUGUUAAUCCAGUAGCUCAUAAAUAUGCCUUUAGAAGAAACAUUGGUAAAGGAGGUCCAAAAAACCUCCAAACCAAACCAUGA